AUGUCGAACAACGCAGUCAACCCAGUUCCUUUGGGACUACCAGCCCUCGCAGGAUCUCCCCUUCUCCAGUACGACCGAGCAGACCGUUGCUUCGUCACCACCACAAGAAGGACUCCCAUCUAUCCUCGAGGCGGCUCCUGGGUUUGCGCAGAAGGUUCCAACCCGCAGAUCGUCGCCCAUCAACAGCUUGUCAGCUAUUACCAGAGACACCCUCCCGCUCACCCAGAAGACUCACCUGUUAACGAACAAUCGUUCGAACUCCCGGACGUUCAGUACGUUCCUAUUGAGGCUCCAGACACCGAACCACCACCUGUUUCAUUCGCACCAACCAACGCACCGGUUGAACCUCCGAUGACGACGUUCACUCAAGCAGACAUCGAUCAGCGCAUCGCGGCUGCUCUCAAUACAUACCGACUUCAACAAUCAACCGCCAAUCGACCCCUCCGCCUCGACAUCCCCGCUCCGGAACCCUUCAGCGGAAAGGCAGAGGAUCUUAGACGCUUCCUUCAAUGCGUCCUCUCCUACUUCGUCGCCACCAACAACACCCGACUCAGCGAUGAAGCAAAGAUCGCCUUCACUGUAGCGUUGAUGAGGAAGGACCUAGGGAAGACAUGGGCAGACACAUACUACGAGAAGUCGGCAGGGGGAGUCCAGGUCUAUUCCGAUUGGGCAGCCUUCGCCACUGCCCUUGAGGAAGUGUUUCCCGAGCACGGAACGCGAAUCAAGGCGCACCAAAUCCUGAUGAAACUGCCCGAACGACAGAAGAACAAGAAGACGGCGCUCUCCCUUGGAAACUACGUCACCCGCUUCGAACAGCUAGCGUCGAAAGCCCAGCUCAAGGACACCGAGGUCAAUGGCACCAACUGCGUCGAGAACGACUACCACACUCUCCAUGCCAACUUCGUCAAAGGACUCCUGAAGGAGCUGUAUUUUGCGCUCGCAACAAGGGUCACUAAGGAUCGACCCAGCACCAUGAAAGCCUGGGACUAUGGCGAGCCAAUGGAUAUCGACGCCGCUGCAGUCGCGGCAACCUUUGCCUCCACAUCGGGAGGAAGGAAGUGGGAACUAGGAGCCGUUCUCAAUGAGGCCGAUCAGAAGCUCCACAGGGACGGAAACCUGUGCUUCUACUGCCACAUCAAGGGCCACAGCGCCAAGGAUUGCCGCAAGAAAGCGGCCGCAUGA